CGCUAUGUGGCGUCUAUGGCUAAAACGGCGUGUUUUACCCAACAUUGGUUCCGGCGUGUUUUAGUGUGUGAAGGGGGAACAUAAAUACAGGAGGACCGGGUUCAUUAGCCUAGCCCGUUAAUAAAAGUUACGUAAAGAUGACAGUAGCGCUUUUUACAUAAUGAGGCUUAUCGGGAGCGCGUCAGUGUGUGAAUGGCCGCCAGUGCUCUGCGCCUGACCCGGCCGUGUCUCCGGUAUCCCGGCGCUGUGGUUGUGAGCAGGCCCCGCUGUUCGGGGAUGGAGGAUAUGGGUCUGGGCUCGAGUCGCUCUCCGCUGGAGCGGCUGCACUUCGAUAAUGUCGCGCUGCGGAAGCUCCCGCUGGACCCGUCCGAGGCCCCGGGGGUCCGCACCGUCCGCGGGGCCUGCUUCUCCAGAGUCCAGCCGCAGCCGCUGCAGAGCCCGCGGUUCGUGGCGGUGUCCGGCGCAGCUCUGGGUCUGCUGGGCCUCAGCGGGGAGGCGGUGGAGGAGGACCCGCUGGGGGCUGAGUAUCUGAGCGGCUCCAGGCUGAUGCCAGGCUCCGAGUCCGCGGCGCACUGCUACUGCGGACAUCAGUUCGGCCAGUUCGCCGGGCAGCUGGGGGACGGAGCGGCCUGCUACCUCGGGGAGGUGAAAGCUCCGGCUGACCAGAGCCCUGAGCUGCUGAAGGAGAACCCCAGCGGAAGGUGGGAGAUCCAGGUGAAGGGUGCUGGACUGACUCCCUAUUCCAGGCAGGCAGAUGGGCGUAAAGUUUUGCGUUCCAGCAUCCGUGAGUUUCUGUGCAGUGAAGCAGUCUUUGCACUUGGUGUGCCCACCACUCGAGCUGGCUCUGUAGUGACCUCGGAUUCACGGGUCAUGAGAGAUGUGUUUUACAGCGGCAGUCCCAAAAUGGAGAGGUGCUCUGUAGUGUUGCGUAUUGCGCCCACCUUUAUCAGGUUUGGUUCUUUUGAGAUCUUCAAACAGAUGGAUGAGUUUACAGGACGACAGGGACCCAGCUAUGGACAUGAUGAGAUUAGAACUCAGAUGUUGGAUUAUGUCAUUGAAACCUUCUACCCAGAGAUCCAGCAGAGCCACUCAGACCCAGUGGAGCGAAACAUUGCUUUCUUUAGAGAGGUGAUGCUGAGAACAGCCAGGCUGGUGGCCCAGUGGCAAUGCGUGGGUUUCUGUCAUGGAGUCCUUAAUACAGAUAAUAUGAGUAUUCUUGGGCUCACAUUGGACUAUGGACCCUUUGGCUUCAUGGACCGUUUCGACCCAGACUUCAUCUGUAAUGCCUCUGAUAAUUCUGGGCGUUACUCAUACAAAGCCCAGCCAGCCAUCUGCCGCUGGAACCUGGCUCGCCUAGCAGAAGCCCUGAGCCCAGACUUGCCUUCAGCACGAGCUCAGGAUGUGCUGGAUGAGUACCUGCCCCUAUUCAACACAUUCUAUCUUCAGAACAUGAGGAAAAAGCUGGGUCUGCUGAAAAAGGAAGAACCGGAGGAUGAGACCCUCAUCACAGACCUUAUGCAGACUAUGCACAACACUGGUGCCGACUUCACCAACACCUUCCGCAGUUUGAGCCAGAUCAGCUGUCCUUCAGAGGGAGAGGCAGUGGACCAGCCUGAGGCUAUCAAGCAGGCAACAGAGCUGCUCCUGCAGCAGUGUGCCUCCCUAGAGGAGUUGAAAGUUGCCAGUAGACCGACUAUGGACCCUCGUGAGUUGGCAAUGCUGCUGUCCAUGGCCCAGAGCAACCCUGCACUCUUCAACAUUUUGUCAGAUCGGACGACAGUAGCUCAGCAGCUGCAGAAGCUCUCUAGGUUAAAAGAGCUUCUGGAAACUACAGAGGAGGAGCUGAAAGCCAAGCAGACAGAGGACUGGACCUGCUGGAUACAGAAGUACAGGCAGCGUCUUGCUCGUGAGUGUGAAGGAGUGAAUGACAUAAAGACUGUGCAGGAGGAAAGAGUGAGGGUGAUGGACAACACCAAUCCACGUGUGGUGCUCCGGAACUACAUUGCCCAGAAUGCGAUUGAGGCAGCAGAAAAUGGGGACUUCUCGGAGGUUCGGAGAGUUCUGAAAGUACUGGAAAAGCCAUUUUGUAAGCAGGAAGGCUUGGAGCAGCCGGGCUGGAUGGGCCGAGGAGGUUCGGUGGAGUCUGGAGAACGGGACGAGGGCGAGCAGGGGGAGGCUGAGACUGAGGUGGAAGGUGGAGGAGCAGAGAGCAGAGUGUUUGUCCCUUAUGACAGCAAGCCCCCAACCUGGGCAAAUGAAAUCUGUGUUACCUGAUCAUCCUAAAGCCUUCAGGAUGUACGUCUAGUCUAGCCCAUGUACACAGGGCAUGGAGAGUGAUUCACAUCUCUGUGGGCUGGAUAGAUGUUCCUGAAGGCUUGUGAGGUACUAAGCCCCUGUCAGACAGUUUUAAAUAUACAGACGUUCACUUCCGCUAUGUUAAGUGAUAUUUUCUUUGAAUGGAACUAAAAUUUCAGAGAGUUACGUUUUAUUAUGAUCUCUGUUAUGAAGUGGGAUGUUCAGAGACUGAACUAUCAUAGAUGGCUAUGUUCGUCUGUAUGCUUUUGACUGGUUAUAAAUGACGACUUAGACCACCAGUCUUAUAUAGGCAGGUCUCAGUCUGAAAGACAGGGGUUGCAGUACAGAAUAAACCAAAGAUAGAAUGAGUAUAAGUGUGUAUGUGGGAGAGAAGAAUCUUAAGUCUUAAACGCACAAAUUAGUGAGCACUUAUGCUCCAAAACAUAAGCGCACAGUUUAUUUUUUAUUAAUUUAAUCUCAUAUGCUACAGUAGUAGUGUCUAUGCAAUGCAGAUUUGUAAAUAAUAUUACAGAACAUUACGCACAAGAGCUUAUCCUGAAAAAUGUACAAGGUGUUUGUAAUAUUAAUAUAAAAAUAGAACACAUGCCUAAACUGAGACAUCUGCGGGAAAUCUAAGGCUAAAUUUACACAACAAGUAAAAGUGGCCCAGAUCUUAUUUUCUUACCAAUUUUUUUAUAUUAAGGCUGUCCACACUUUUAUUUUAAUGUGACCUCCAUGAGACAUUUUACUUUUUUUUUUUUUUUGUUCAUCUGUACACAUGCUCUGUGCUUUUGUGUUCAUCUUUUCUGGAAUCCCAAGAGCUGUCAGUAAAUUCUGUUGGCUGACAGCUGGGCUUUUUUUUCUUGUUUUGUGUCCCUUAUUUCUCAGUGGUGUUUAUUUCUCAUUAGAAGGGAGUUUAAAGGGAGACUUCACUUCAGUUAUUUAGGAAGUGUGUUAUAAGAUUGUCCCGCCCUUGAAACCCUUGCUCACUACUACUGUCUAUUUUUCCUUCUGUUCAUUGCCCUUGUUCCUUUCCCUUAAUAUAAAAGUUGCAUGAAUUCUGAUCAAGCUGUUCAUACUGUUUGCUAUUGCUGGAAAAAGUGAUGUCAGCACUGUCACACAUGUGACACAUCUGUGUUACAUAUAUUAAAAGACAGAUUUGGCCAUUUUUACCUGCUGUUUAAACAUAGCCAAAGAUAAGCAGGUUUAUGUUAAAAGAAUCACAGUGACGCUAAGCAUUUUUAGAAAUAAAAACUUAAAGAAUGCUG